AUGGUAUCAACUGUAGAGUCACUUCAUAGCGAACAGGAUACAUUUGCAAAGAUCCAAAAGUCAAGUCAAGAUAGCUUUCAAAAUCUUGACAAUGAAGAAUAUUCAUUAAGUACUGAUCAAAAUGAUGAUGAAAAACAUAAGAAGCAAUUAGAUAAGAUAUACAGAAAGCUAGACUUUAGAAUUAUUCCAGCAUUAUGGUGUUUAUAUUUCUUGACCUCAUUCGGCUCAAACUCUUAUGGAUUAACAUUGACUAUGAAUUCUGAACAGGGUCAUUCUUUGAUACAACAGUUAGGUUUAAGUUCUAAGGACACUUCUACCGCUUCGGCAUUAUACUAUGUUGGUUAUAUUAUAUUUGAUGUUCCAAUGAACUUAAUUAUGACAAGGGUAAGCCCUCAGUCAUGGCUAGCACGAAUAGUUAUCACAGUGGGAUUGGUUUAUACUUGCUACCAUGUUUUAAAUAACAACAAGGGUGUCAUAGCUAUUCGAUUUAUGUCUGGUAUGGUUGGUGCUGGUACAUGGCCGGGCUUAUCAUACUAUGUUUCAUUAUGGUACCCGAAUGAAAGACUGACUAGAAGAAUUGGGUAUUAUUUUACUGCCGCUCAAAUAUCUGCUGCAGUGGCCGGUCUUGUCAGUGCCGGAUUUCAAAAAAUGGAUGGUGUUCGUGGUUAUACUGGGUGGCAAUGGAUGUAUUUGGUUUAUGGUGUUAUUACUAUGGCUGCCGGUAUUCUGUUACUCUGGUGGCUUCCUGACAGACCAUUCAAAACAACAAAAGAUUAUUCACAAUCAAGCAACAUCAUAAUAAAAUGUUAUAAUGAGAUUUUUACACCUACUCAUCCAUUAUCCGCAGAAGAACGUGAAAUACACAGAAAAGAUAUUGAAUCUCGUUACGUUUUGUUGAAAUGGACAUGGAAGGAUGUUGUCCAGAUUAUCACCGAUAUAAGAAUUUGGCCAUUGAUUAUAAUGUACUUCGGCGUCGUUGGAACCGGUUUCGGGUUAGCUGUUUUUGGCUCCACAAUCAUUGCGGUAAACAACCCAAAUUUAACCUCCAUUCAAGUAUCCUUGCUCUAUGCACCAAUAUGGCUUUUUGAUCUUGGUGGUAUUUUAUUGAUUACACCAUUUGCCGAUAGAUUUAAAAACUUAAGGGCAUUAAUGUUUUCAUCAGCAACAUUGAUUAUUAUUAUUGGUAUGUUUGUAACUACAUUUGCUCAUGGCUCGUGGAAUAAAUAUGCUGGUUUACUUAUCGCUGGAUUUGGCUUAGGACCAACAGUACCAAUUUGUAUGUCAUGGGCUUCAGAAAUCUUUCAGCCUGCUUACGGUGACGUAGGAACCGCAGUAAGUGCAGCAUUAGUUAGUGGGCUAGGAAAUUUGGGUUCUGUUACUGCGACAUAUGCUUUAUAUUCAGGUUGGCCAGAAGAUAAAGCAAGGUUAUACAGAGAUUCUAAUAUGAUGUUGGUAGUUAUGCUAGGAGCUAGUAUAAUCGCAGCCUCUGUGUGUCACAUUCUUAAAGAUAGGAUUCGACAAAAAAAAUAA